AUGGAAAAUUAUGAACCUCCCGAAUAUGAGCCAACUGAGGAAGAAAAAGAAGAACAGCGACAAUUGGAGGAAAGACGUGAAAAAGCAUCGCAGAUGUCACCUAUUAUUGACACUUGUAUAGACAAGACCAAGCCGUUGUUGAACCAAGUCAAGCAGCACAUGGAGAAUGCCGACCGUGACCAAAUGAAUGACAAUUUGGACGAAGAAAAGUUGAUCAACAAUGCCAAGCCAUUGUUACAAGAAGCUACCAAUAUUUUGAACGAGACUUGGGGCGCCAUUCGAGCAUUGGAUCCGGAUGGCAAGGUCCAGAAACAUGCCAAGGGCAAGGGUUCUGGUGAGGUGACUAAAGAAGAGUAUUAUUUGGCUGAUCGGUUGACGUAUCUCAGCGAUCACGUGCAAUCGUUUAUUGAUGAUACUCGAAGCAAAUUAGACAACAUGCCAAAGGCCAAGAAAGACAUGAGCCCGUUGUUGGAUAUGUUACACCAGCCAUUGGUACAAAUUAUUAGUGCAGUGGGGUUGUUAUUGUCCGGUGUGUUAGGGUUGGUAGGAAGUUUGCUCGGCGGACUUGGUUUGAACAGAAUUUUUGAUUCUGUGUUGAGUGGACUUGGUCUUGACAAGCUUUUGGGAUGA